AUGUUGUUGCAGGGGUUUCACCCUGAUAUUUACACCUAUUCUAUUCUCUUAAGUGUUUGUGGUGAUUUACCAGCAACUGAAUGGGGCAAGCAAACUCAUUGCUGCAUCAUAAAACCUGGAUUAGAUUCUAAUGUUGUGGUUGGAAGUGCUCUUAUUGAUAUGUAUGCCAAGUGUGGACGGCUAAACGAUGCUCGAAAAGUGUUCAAUAUCCUUCCGGGUAAGAAUCUGGUUUCAUGGAAUGUUAUGAUUACAGGUUAUGCCCAACAUGGUUUUGGAAGAGAAGCCUUGGAGAUUUAUGACCUUAUGCUGAGGAAUGGAGUUAAACCAAAUGACAUCACAUUCAUCGGAAUACUAUCUUCCUGUGGGCAUGUAGGAGCUCUGGAGGAGGCAUUGCAUCAUUUUGGUUCAAUGACCAAUGACUUUGGGGUUACUCCACGACCAGAUCAUUUGGCCUGUAUAGUCAGUCUAUAUGCCCGCAAAGGUCAAACAAAAGGAGCUUAUGAUUUCAUAAGGCGUUUUCCUGGUGAGCCCAAUAAAGUAGUUUGGCGGUGUCUUUUAUCUGGCUGUGUGACUAACAAAGACUUGGAGUUGGCUGUAUAUGCUGCUGAAAAAAUUUUGAGUAUUGAUCCCAAUGAUGCAUCUGUUCAUGUCAUGUUGUCUAAUAUCUAUGCUGAUUCAAAUAUGUGGAGUGAAGCUUCCCAAGUCAGAAAGCUAAUGGAAGGGAAGACACUCAGAAAGGAAACUGGGUAUAGCUGGGCUUGA